AUGGACAAGAGUUGGAUUGCAUUAGGUAGCACAGUUGAUGGAAGGAUAAGUCGGGCAUAUAAUGAUGGGGUAAUAUCAUUUCUCCGUUUUGCAAUGGCGGUUAUCGAUCGAGAUGGUAAAAUUUUGUGCCCUUGUCGAAAGUGUGUGAAUGUUGUUCGUCAAAAAUUUCAAAUUGUUCAAAUUCAUUUGCUGCAACAUGGGAUUAUUCCAACUUACACUAUCUGGCACGUGCAUGGGGAACCCCGUGAAUCAAACGAGGCUUAUCAUCAUGAUAUACCCGUUGAGGGCAAUGAGGUUUUGGGAGGUAUUGAUGCCUUAGUGGAAGAUCGAAUAAGAGGGGAAUCAACUAAUACAACUCAAGAGGAGGAGGUUCGCACUUUUGAUAAAUUAUUGAAUGAUGCCAAACGUGAGGUGUACCCAGGUUGCACAAAUUACACUUUGUUAAAAUUUGUCAUCGAGAUACUUAAUAUGAAGGUAACAAACCAUUGGAGUAAUAAGUCAGUUGACAUGAUGCUAGAGUUUUUAACAAAACUUUUACCGAAGGAUAAUUUGGUUCCAAAGUCAACUUAUGAAGCUAAAAAAAUACUACGUGAAUUGGGUUUGUCAUACGAGCUCAUUGAUGCUUGUGUAAACGAUUGUGUGCUCUUUUGGAAGGGGAAUGCAACACCAGAUAAAUGUCCAAAUUGUAAGGCUUCUAGAUACAAGACAAAUCAUGGUAGAGGUAAGAAGAUCUCUCGUAAGGUUCUUCGAUACUUCCCGUUAACACCGAGAUUGAAAAGGUUGUACAUGUCGAGGAAGAGAGCCGAGGAAAAACGUCUAGAUGACGGUGUAUUGAGGCAUCCUGCAGAUAGUGAUGAGUGGAAGGAAUUCGAUACACAACAUCCUGAAUUUGCCUUGGAGCCUCGAAAUGUGAGGCUAGGUUUGGCUACUGAUGGUUUCAACCCUUUCGGAAAUAUGAAUAACUCAUAUAGUUUGUGGCCUGUCGUACUCAUUCCGUACAACUUGCCACCGUGGUUGGCUAUGAAGGACCCAUUUUUCAUGCUAUCAUUACUUGUUCCUGGUGAAUCACAACUAGGAAUUGAUAUUGAUGUCUACAUGAGACCUUUAGUGGAAGAAUUGAAUGAAUUAUGGAAAAAUGGUACAUUAACCUAUGAUGCCUCGACUGGUGAGACUUUCUGCAUGCGUGCAGCUUUGCUGUGGACGAUACAUGAUUGGCCCGCAUUUGGUGACAUUUCUGGAUGGAGAACAAAGGGUCAUUACUCUUGUUACACUUGCAAUGAUGAACCAUAUUUUGAAUCUUUAACAAGUAAGACUGCGUACAGUAACCAUCGAUGCUACUUGCCUGAUGACCACCCAGAAAGGCGAAAGAGUAGAGCAUAUAAUGGCAAGCAUGAAAAACGGAAGAGAUCUUUGGUGAUACCGAUAGAAAAGAUUGAAGAGCAAUUGGGCAGCGUGACGGGUGUCACAUAUGGAAAACAUCCAAACAACAGGAAAAUACCUCGUCAGAACCCAAAUUGGACAAAGGUAAGCAUCUUGUAUGAGCUACCGUAUUGGAAGAAAAGGAGGCUUCGACACAACAUUGAUGUCAUGCAUGUGGAGAAGAACUUUAGUGAAAAUGUUUUUGGAACGAUGUUGGGAAUUGAUGGAAAGAACAAGGAUACAGAUAAGGCACGAAUGGAUUUAGAAGACAUGAAUAUAAGGAAAGAAUUGUGGCUGACAAAAAAUCCCGAUGGAUCAUAUGUGAAGCCGCGAGCCAGCUUCUCAUUAACCCCUAAAGAGAGAGAGGGUUUCUUUGAAUUCUUGAAAUCAGUCAAGUAUCCAGAUGGGUACGCGGCAAACAUUUCGAGAUCAGUAAAUGCAAAAAAUGGUAGAUUAACAGGAUUGAAAAGCCACGACUACCAUGUACUUAUACAACGGAUUCUUCCAAUUGGGAUGCGUGGUUACGUAGAUAAAGAGAUCAGUACAACACUUUUUGAGUUAGGUAGCUUCUUCCAAGAUCUAUGCUCAAGGACACUCAAACGAAGUGAAAUGGAGAAAUUAGAGGAACGUCACUAUUUCAACGAGAAGGGCAGCCUUCAAUUUGGAAAAAAUAGGAAAGAAAUGUCGAUGAAUUUGAAGAAAGGGGCGGUUUUCAGGUCAGCAGUAGCAGCAAUUUCACUUUCCAUGUCAAGUGAAUCAAGAAGAAGAGUACUCAAUGAGGCUGAAACAAAUGCGCAGCUCAGCAAAGUCCUUGGGAUGGACGGUAUUGGUCAGGAAGAGGAGAUUAUAAGCAAACUAAAUGAAGCUACAACAAACCUGCAGCUUAGUAAGGUCCUCGGGAUGGACUGCACAGGUAAAGAGGAGGAGAUUAUAAGCAAGUUAAUGGAGUUGGAAGAGAGAGAUAUUGUAAAGCUGAAGGAGAGGGAGGGCAAUGCUAACUGA